CCGACCGGAAGAAGACGGAAAGGAAGUUGUAGCGAUGGCUGUGGCCGUGGCUACCGCCGGGGUCCUGAUGGGCUCGGAGCCCGGCCCCGCGGAAGAGCUCGCUAAACUCGAGUACUUGUCUUUGGUGUCGAAAGUUUGCACGGAGCUGGACAAUCACUUGGGCAUCAACGACAAGGAUCUGGCUGAGUUUGUGAUCAGUCUUGCUGAGAAAAAUACCACCUUUGAUACUUUUAAGUCUUCUCUGGUCAAAAAUGGAGCAGAAUUCACAGAUUCUCUUAUUAGCAACCUGUUGCGGCUUAUCCAAACCAUGCGGCCUCCGGCAAAGCCUUCUACUAGCAAAGAUCCAGUUGUUAAACCCAAAACUGAAAAGGAAAAGCUGAAGGAACUCUUCCCUGUCCUUUGCCAGCCAGACAACCCUUCAGUGCGGACCAUGCUGGAUGAGGAAGAUGUGAAAGUCGCUGUGGAUGUCUUGAAAGAGCUGGAAGCUUUAAUGCCCAGUGCAGCAGGCCAAGAGAAACAAAGAGACACUGAGCACAGGGACAGGACAAAGAAGAAGAAGAGGAGUCGGAGCCGAGACCGCGACAGAGACCGGGACAGGGACCGAGACAAGGACCGAGAGCGAGACAGAGACCGAGACAGAGACAGAGAACGAGAUAGAGACAGAGACCAUAAGCGGAGACACCGUUCCCGCUCUCGGUCACAUUCCAGGACCCGGGAGAGGACUAAGGGGAAGUCUAGAUACCGGUCCAGGAGCAGAAGUCAGAGUCCCUUCAAAGAUCGGAAGGAUCGGGAAAAGUAUGGGGAGAGGAAUAUUGACAGAUGGCGGGACAAGCAUGUGGACCGUCCUCCCCCUGAAGAGCCUGCCAUUGGGGACAUUUACAAUGGCAAAGUGACCAGCAUCAUGCAAUUUGGUUGCUUUGUGCAGCUGGAGGGCCUAAGGAAGCGGUGGGAAGGCCUCGUGCACAUCUCUGAGCUCCGACGGGAAGGCCGGGUGGCCAAUGUGGCUGAUGUUGUGAGCAAAGGCCAGAGGGUGAAGGUCAAAGUAUUGUCCUUCACUGGGACGAAGACCAGCCUGAGCAUGAAGGAUGUGGAUCAAGAGACAGGAGAGGAUCUAAACCCAAAUCGACGUCGAAACCUUGUCGGGGAGACCAAUGAAGAGACAUCAAUGCGGAACCCUGACAGACCCACCCACCUCUCGCUUGUCAGUGCUCCUGAAGUAGAAGAUGACUCACUGGAGCGCAAGCGGCUCACCCGGAUCUCUGACCCAGAGAAGUGGGAGAUCAAACAGAUGAUUGCUGCCAAUGUGCUUUCCAAAGAAGAAUUUCCAGACUUCGAUGAGGAGACCGGCAUUCUCCCUAAAGUGGACGAUGAGGAAGAUGAAGAUCUUGAAAUUGAGCUGGUUGAGGAGGAGCCUCCAUUCCUGAGAGGGCACACAAAGCAGAGCAUGGAUAUGAGCCCCAUCAAAAUUGUUAAGUCUUCCUGUGCUGCUGCACUAUUAGUGGUGGGGAAUUCCCUGACCUCUGCGGGAGCAUGUGAAGAAUCCGAUGCGGAGGGCAGGCAGAUCGCUGCCAACAUGCGGGGGAUUGGGAUGAUGCCCAACGACAUUCCCGAGUGGAAGAAGCAUGCCUUUGGGGGCAACAAAGCCUCCUAAGGGAAGAAGACCCAGAUGUCAAUCCUUGAACAGAGGGAGAGCCUGCCCAUAUACAAACUGAAGGAACAGCUGGUGCAGGCUGUGCAUGACAAUCAGAUCCUCAUUGUGAUUGGAGAGACAGGAUCUGGGAAGACGACACAGAUCACCCAGUACCUGGCGGAGGCAGGCUACACUUCAAGGGGCAAGAUUGGGUGUACCCAGCCCAGAAGAGUGGCAGCCAUGUCCGUGGCCAAAAGAGUAUCGGAGGAGUUUGGUUGUUGUCUUGGUCAAGAGGUGGGCUACACUAUUCGAUUUGAGGAUUGCACCAGCCCAGAAACGGUCAUCAAGUACAUGACAGACGGCAUGCUGCUGAGAGAGUGCCUGAUUGACCCCGACCUCACUCAGUAUGCUAUCAUCAUGCUGGACGAGGCCCACGAGAGGACCAUUCACACAGAUGUCCUCUUUGGGUUGUUGAAAAAGACAGUUCAGAAACGACAAGACAUGAAGCUGAUUGUCACCUCAGCCACCUUGGAUGCAGUGAAGUUUUCUCAGUACUUCUAUGAAGCACCCAUCUUCACCAUCCCUGGUCGGACCUACCCCGUGGAGAUACUGUACACAAAGGAGCCCGAGACGGACUAACUGGACGCCAGUCUGAUCACCGUCAUGCAGAUCCAUCUAACAGAGCCGCCAGGUGAUAUCUUGGUUUUCUUGACUGGUCAGGAAGAAAUCGAUACUGCUUGUGAGAUCCUGUAUGAAAGAAUGAAAUCCCUGGGACCUGACGUUCCAGAGUUAAUCAUCCUCCCAGUGUACUCUGCCCUUCCCAGUGAGAUGCAGACCCGAAUCUUUGAUCCAGCUCCUCCUGGCAGCAGAAAGGUCGUGAUUGCCACCAACAUCGCAGAGACGUCGCUGACCAUUGAUGGCAUCUACUAUGUAGUUGACCCUGGGUUUGUGAAGCAGAAAGUUUACAAUUCUAAAACAGGAAUCGACCAGCUUGUGGUGACACCUAUUUCUCAGGCUCAGGCAAAGCAGAGAGCUGGCAGAGCUGGGAGAACCGGCCCAGGGAAGUGUUACAGGCUGUACACAGAACGUGCCUACCGAGAUGAAAUGCUGACCACCAAUGUGCCAGAAAUCCAGAGAACCAACCUGGCCAGCACAGUGCUGUCCCUCAAGGCUAUGGGCAUUAAUGACCUGUUGUCUUUUGACUUCAUGGAUGCCCCACCAAUGGAAACUCUGAUCACGGCCAUGGAGCAGCUGUAUACACUGGGGGCCCUGGAUGAUGAGGGCCUGCUCACUCGCCUGGGCCGCAGGAUGGCGGAGUUUCCUCUGGAGCCAAUGCUCUGCAAAAUGCUCAUCAUGUCUGUGCAUCUGGGCUGUAGCGAAGAGAUGCUAACUAUUGUGUCCAUGCUGUCUGUGCAAAAUGUCUUCUACCGACCCAAGGAUAAACAGGCCCUUGCAGAUCAGAAGAAGGCCAAAUUCCAUCAGACAGAAGGGGACCAUCUCACCCUGCUGGCCGUCUAUAACUCCUGGAAGAACAACAAAUUCUCCAACCCAUGGUGCUAUGAGAACUUUAUCCAGGCUCGUUCCCUGCGCCGGGCCCAGGACAUUCGCAAGCAGAUGUUAGGCAUAAUGGACAGGCACAAGCUGGAUGUGGUCUCCUGCGGCAAGUCCACAGUCCGAGUGCAGAAGGCCAUCUGCAGCGGCUUCUUCCGGAACGCUGCCAAGAAGGACCCUCAGGAGGGCUACCGGACGCUGAUUGACCAGCAGGUGGUCUACAUCCAUCCUUCCAGUGCGCUCUUCAAUAGACAGCCAGAAUGGGUGGUAUACCAUGAACUGGUGCUGACCACCAAGGAAUACAUGCGUGAGGUCACCACUAUCGACCCCCGGUGGCUUGUGGAGUUUGCUCCAGCUUUCUUCAAGGUCUCCGACCCGACCAAGCUAAGCAAGCAGAAGAAACAGCAGCGCCUGGAGCCUCUGUAUAAUCGCUACGAGGAGCCGAAUGCCUGGAGAAUCUCCCGAGCUUUCCGGCGGCGCUGAAGGGCAGCUGACCACUCACCCGCAUCUCCUGCAGCAUGUGGCUUCCUCUGGCUGAUGAUGAGCUGGUCCUGUGUUGUGCUAUUUUAAACUGAGCAUUUCCCAAACUUAACUGUCUUCAUAGUGUAAGACAGAAACAAAUUUAAGCAGGGCUUUGUCCAGAGCCUUUAAUCCCAGCACUUGGGAGGCAGAGGCAGGCAGAUUUCUGUGAGUUUGAGGCCACCCUGGUCUGCAGAGUGGGUUCUAGGACAACCAGGACUACAUUUUAGAGAAACCCUGCCUUGAAAAAUCACACACAAAUCGGACAAGUUGUGCAUCCUGGGAUGGGUGGGGAGAGUGAGUGUUGGUGAUGCAUUACACACAGCAAGGCCCUAAUACCUCAGCUGUGUUUGUUGAAGGAAUGAACCGUGACACUCCUGGACCAUGUUGACCCCACUCCCUACCCCUCCCCAACCUCUGUAUUUGUAUUUUUACCUCCUAGAAAUAUUUAUUUUCUUAAGGAAACAAUGGGUUUUUAUGACUUUUUCUUGUGGGAGGGGCAGCUGAAAUGUCCGGCCCUCAGCCUGAGUUCAGUGUGGUGCACAUGGUAGAGUCUCCUAGCCCUAGAGCCCAGGCCCCUCUGAGCCCAGACAUGAUGCACUGGAGGCCGAGCACCCCUGGAGCUAGCUCAGCCUUAGCAGCACAGGUCCCAGAUUAACCAAGUCUGUGCCAGAGUGCUGCUUCAGUCUGGUACCUGGUGGCUAGGGAUGUGGCGUCUGAAAACAAAGCUCUCCUCGAUCUUCUGUCCCUUUCCUGUCAACACUCAUUGAGCAGUGUGUUCUCUUUUCUUUAAAACCUAGCAAGUAACGAACGACCUUAUGACAGUG